AUCAGCAUAUCUUGUCUCCUUCCGGCUUCCUGGCACUUUAGCUUAUCUCCCGGUGGGUGCCCGCGUGCUCUGAAUACUACCUUACGCCAGUUGGUCAUAAUUGGUGUAGUGGCUGCCAUCCUCUUCUUGCUGUUCUACUCUUUACUUCUAGUUCGUACUAAGUACAGCCGAUCCCAACGGGACAGGAAAUAUCAAAGAUAUCUGGCUCAUGUUACCGACAUGGAAGCCACAGACACCAACAACCCCAAUCUUAAUUAUGGCGUAGUGGUGGAUUGUGGAAGCAGCGGGUCACGUAUAUUUGUCUAUUGUUGGCCUCGUCAUAAUGGAAAUCCACAUGACUUGCUGGAUAUCAAGCAAAUGAGAGAUCAGAACAGAAAGACUGUUGUCAUGAAGAUCAAACCAGGUAUUUCAGAGCUUGCCACCACCCCGGAGAAAGCCAGUGACUACAUCUCUCCACUGCUCAAUUUUGCUGCCAGCCAUAUACCGCGGGAUAAGCACAAAGAGACCCCGCUUUAUAUCCUGUGCACAGCAGGGCUCCGAAUCCUGACUGAGAGCCAGCAGGAGGCCAUACUUGAAGAUUUGCGGACUGAUAUCCCGGUACAUUACGACUUUCUGUUCUCUGACUCCCACGCUGAGGUCAUCUCGGGGAAGCAGGAAGGCGUUUACGCUUGGAUCGGCAUAAAUUUUGUCUUGGGGCGUUUUGAUCAUUUAGACGAUGAAGAUGAAGCACUGGUGGAGGUCAAUGUGCCUGGCAGCGAUCACAAGGACGCCAUCAUACGUAAGCGUACAGUGGGCAUCUUGGAUAUGGGCGGUGUCUCCACUCAGAUUGCAUAUGAAGUACCUAAAAGUGUAAGCUUUGCCUCCUUCCAGCAGGAAGAGAUGGCUAAGAACCUGCUGGCAGAGUUCAACCUUGGCUGUGAUGCCCAUGAGACACAGCAUGUGUACAGGGUGUACGUGGCCACCUUCUUGGGCUUUGGGGGCAAUGCUGCUCGACAAAGAUAUGAGGAGCACAUAUUCCUCAGCACAAUGGAAAAGAACAGACUUCUAGGGAAGAAGUUGGGUCAGUCUUCAGACAUGCCAUACCUGGAUCCAUGCCUUCCUUUGGACAUCCCGGAUAAAAUACAGCAGGGGGGACAAACUAUGUUUGUACGUGGAACAGGUGACUUUCAGCUCUGCCGUCGGAUCAUCCAGCCUCUUAUGAACUUAUCCAAUGAAACUCAGACUACUUUAAAUGGCAUCUACCAGCCACCUCUGCCAUACCACAACAGUGAGUUCUAUGGCUUCUCAGAGUUCUACUACUGCACCGAAGAUGUGCUGCGUAUGGGUGGGGACUACAACUCAGCGCGCUUUCUAAGGGCAGCACAGGAUUACUGUGCCACUAAGUGGACUGUUUUAAAGGAGAGAUUCGACCGUGGUCUGUAUGCUUCUCAUGCUGACAUGCACCGACUUAAGUACCAGUGCUUCAAGUCAGCCUGGAUGUAUGAAGUCUUCCACAAUGGUUUCUCAUUUCCUGCUAAUUACAGCAGUCUGAAGACUGUGCUGCAAGUGUAUGACAAGGAGGUUCAGUGGACGCUGGGGGCCAUCUUAUAUAGAACACGGUUUUUACCACUGAGGGACAUUCAGCAAGACCAGUUCCGUGGCAGUCACCCACACUGGCGUGGAGCAUCUUUUGUGUACAACCACUACCUGUUCCUGGUGUGUUUCAUGGUGGUCCUGCUAUCUAUUAUGCUGUACCUUCUAAGGCUUAGACGUAUCCACCGGCGCAUGCAGCGGAACACAUCUUCCUCUGCACUUUGGGUGGAGCAAGGACUGCAGCCAUCUGGGCUCCCUGGCACCUUGUAA